CGAAGUCCACCACCACCAUUAGAUAUAAGAGCUUUCCCGCCCUCAAACUUUCUCACUCUGCACUACCCACAAUCGCAUCCCUACAUUGGAAGAUGCGACUCUGAAGACUCUGGAAUUUGAAGCGAAACCUCCAGAAACCUUAAUUCUUGAAUCGUUUAUCUCUCCGAUUCACAACGAUGAAGCUUCGGCCUCUCAGUUCUCGGUCUUCGAUCGAUGACAAUAAUAACCGAGUCAUAGAGAUCUCGGAUGAAGAUGAAGAUCAUGUAGGAUCUUUGGAUUCCGAUUAUCAAGAUGAAGUUGAUAAAGGUGAAAAUUCUUUGGAUGCAACGAAAGAGUAUGAAGGGGGAGAGUGUUUGGAUUUAAAUCUUCAACCAGAAGCUGAGAUUGAAUUCAUUGAUGAUGACGGGAUUGAUAGUGAUUUUGAUAUUGAGCAUGAGGUGGCAAAAUUGAGGAAAGUAUGGUCAAAGAAGAAUAGAGGACAGCCGAGUCGCAAUCGAGAGGAAGAGGAAGAGGAAGAGGAAGAGGAAGAGAUUGUGGAUGCGAUCAAUGAGGAAGAGCAAGUGGUUCAUGAGCUGGAGUUUGAUAGGAACAAGAAUAAGAAGAGGAAGAGGAAGGCGAAAAAAAAGGGUAAGCCGAUAUUGAUGUGGGAAGUUUGGGAAGAAGAGAAUGAGACAUGGGUCAGUGAGAAUAUCGUACAAGAUAUUGAAUUGGAUAAUCAGCAUGAACUAGUGGUUGAAACUGCUGAGCCAACUUCGGAUUUGAUUAUGCCAUUGUUGAGGUACCAGAAGGAAUGGUUAGCUUGGGCGCUGAAGCAGGAAGAGUCUGCUGCUAAAGGGGGUAUUCUAGCGGAUGAGAUGGGGAUGGGGAAGACUGUCCAAGCAAUUGCACUGGUUCUUGCUAAAAGAGAAUUACUCCGAGCAACUUGUGGACCUAGUGGACUUUCAACCUUGCCCAGUACCAGUUCUUCUACAGGGUUGCCGGAAAUUAAGGCCACCCUUGUGAUUUGUCCCUUGGUUGCUGUGAUUCAAUGGGUCGGUGAGAUUGAUCGGUUCACGUCAAAAGGAAGCAACAAAGUGCUGCUUUACCAUGGAGCCAAGAGAGGGAAAAGUCUUCAUGAAUUCUCAGAAUAUGAUUUUGUCAUAACUACAUACUCGACAGUUGAGGCUGAAUACAGGAGAAAUGUGAUGCCCCCUAAACAGAAAUGCCAAUGGUGUGGAAAGUUAUAUCAUGAGCAUAGGAUGUCUGUUCACCUGAAAUACUAUUGUGGGCCUGAUGCUAUUAGAACUGAUAAGCAGUCAAAGCAGCAGAGGAAGGGGCAGAAACUUGGAGUUAAAAUAUCAAUGCAGAAAACAUCUGCCAAAGGCAAGGCCAGUGAAUCAGUGGGUGGUAAAAGGAAGGGAGCUGGCAAGAAGUCCCUGAAGCAUCGUAGUGAGGAAAAGGUUUUGGACAUUGGUUCACCCAUUGAGAAUUUGGCAGGAGAGGAGCAAACCUUGUCUGGAAGUAAAUCUAUUUUGCACUCUGUGAAAUGGAAUCGUAUCAUUUUGGAUGAAGCUCAUUAUAUAAAAGAUAGACGAUGUAACACAACAAAGGCAGUUCUUUGUUUAGAAUCUUCAUAUAAAUGGGCUUUAAGUGGCACUCCCCUUCAGAAUCGUGUUGGAGAACUUUACUCACUUGUACGCUUCCUACAGAUAAUUCCAUACUCAUUUUACUUUUGCAAGGAUUGUGAUUGCAGAGCACUUGAUUAUAGGUAUUGUGGCACUUUGCUUAUGAUCGUUGUGUCUAUUUGUAGUUGCAUAGUUGGAAGUGUCUUAAACCCUCCGUACUUGGUUGAUAUUAUAAGGUUCAUGGUGCUGUGUGGACCAGAGAUUCACUUAUCAAUGGUGGUGACUAUGGGUGUUGGUUGGGGGAUCGCCGAUGAUGGUGUUGGACGAUUGGAGGAGGAGAGGGUAGAUAUGUGGGUUGGUGGUCCGAAUUCAAGGUGUGGACCAGAGAUUCACUUAUCAAUGGUGGUGACUAUGGGUGUUGGUUGGGGGAUCGCCGAUGAUGGUGUUGGACGAUUGGAGGAGGAGUUGAAUCUCAAAAUCUUCUUGUUAAUUUCGUCUUUCAUAACUUUGUUCAAUAACAGUUCCUCAACUGAUUGCGCACACUGUCCUCACAAAUCUGUGAGACACUUCUGCUGGUGGAACAAAUAUGUUGCUAAACCAAUUCAAGCUCAUGGCAAUGUUGGUGACGGUAAAAGAGCCAUGAUUUUGCUGAAGAACAAAAUUUUGAAAAGCAUAGUGUUAAGGCGGACUAAAAAGGGCAGGGCUGCAGAUCUUGCACUUCCUCCUAGAAUUAUGAAAUUGAGACGGGAUUUAUUGGAUGUUAAGGAGGAAGACUAUUACACAUCUUUGUACAAUGAAAGUCAGUCACAAUUCAAUACAUAUAUUGAAGCUGGAACUUUGAUGAAUAAUUAUGCUCAUAUAUUUGACCUUCUGACACGCCUGCGGCAGGCAGUUGACCAUCCUUACCUCGUCGUAUAUUCUAGUUCUUCCAUGGCAAGAAAUGGAAUUGGGGUCGAUACUAGUGAUGGUGAACCAGUAUGUAGCUUAUGUCAUGACCCAGUAGAAGAUCCUGUGGUCACAUCUUGCUCACAUGUCUUCUGUAAGUCAUGUUUGAUUGAUUUCUCUGCUAGUGUGGGAGAAGUCACUUGCCCGUCUUGCUCAAAGCCACUUUCUGUCGACUUCACUACGAAUAAGGAUCAUGGCGACCAAAAUACCAGGACAACCAUUAAAGGGUUUAAGCCCUCAAGUAUCCUAAACAGAAUCAGGCUUGAUGAUUUCCAGACAAGUACGAAAAUAGAUGCUUUGAGGGAAGAAAUUAGAUUCAUGGUUGAAAGGGAUGGUUCGGCAAAAGGGAUCGUUUUUAGCCAAUUUACAUCGUUCUUGGAUCUGAUACACUAUUCCCUCCAAAAGUCUGGUGUUAAUUGUGUUCAGUUGGUGGGAUCCAUGUCAUUGUGUGCAAGAGAUGCUGCAAUUUCAAAAUUCACUGAUGAACCGGAUUGCAGAAUCUUUCUAAUGAGCUUGAAAGCUGGAGGCGUUGCCCUCAAUCUCACUGUUGCAUCGCAUGUUUUCUUGAUGGAUCCUUGGUGGAAUCCAGCCGUGGAGCAACAAGCCCAAGAUAGAAUCCACCGCAUAGGUCAAUAUAAACCAAUCAGGAUCGUAAGAUUUGUUAUUGAGAACACAGUCGAGGAAAGAAUUUUGAAGUUGCAAGAGAAGAAGCAACUGGUGUUUGAAGGGACCGUGGGUGGCUCAUCAGAGGCGCUCGGAAAAUUAACAGAGGCAGACAUGAGAUUCCUAUUUGGCUCCUAAGAAGGAUUGUUCAUUGGAGGGAUCUCGGUAACUUAUGUGCUUACCCCCCAAGAAGUAGUGCCUGCCUUGGUAUGUUGUUUUGUACCUGCUCCUUGUCGAACAUUUGUUUUUUGUGAACUAUACUUGUUGUAAGGUCAAACAAAGGAAAAAUGUCACCGGCCUCUGGGAAAUUAUCAGAUGUUGGAGCAUUUUUAACCUUGAUUCAAAUUUUUAUUUUAAUUUGAGUUAACAUUUAAGUAAAAAGUGAUAAAAACAUUCAUAAAAAUUGUAAUAAUGGUACGGUUCCAUAGACACUGCCACCACUAGUCAUGGUGUAUGUAUCUCCAGCCAUAUCAAUGGAUAGAGAGAAGAGGACCAUUGUGGAUAAUCGGAACCACGAGGCCUUUUAUGAUGCCAAAAUAGAUUUGUAGUUGGUAAUUUUACUUGUGGUGACACGAGGUACCAUUAAU